CCAUAUCGUCCUAUUCAAGAACUCCUCCGAAAAGCACCAAACCCCCCAACAAAAUCAAAGCUUUGAAUUCACUCCUCUCUCUCUCUCUCUCUCUCUCUCUCAUGGUGAAGCACAAAAAAAGUAAGUAGUUAGCAAAGGAUUAUUGCGAGAAAGUCUGAGAAAAGACAACCCUCCAUCCACCAUACCCCAACUCAGUUUCUUGAAGACAACCAUCUCACCAAACACUCCAUUAAACAAACCCAUUGCAACAUCUCGCCGGAAAACAGCUCUCUUUCCAGCUGAAAUCGUCGCCAUGAAGCAAGCCGGGGGUGGCCGCAAGAGCAACAACCUCUCUGUCUUUGUGGUCGUCUUCUCCAUUUUUCUAUUUGGUUGCUUCAUGUACAAUGAGGACGUCAAGUCCAUUGCCGAGUUCCCAUUUUCAAGGCCCAUGGGGCAGGAAAUUCAAGAGGAUGGAUCCAAAUCCGGCGACCCAGUUCAAGAAAGUAACAGCAACGAAGUCGAUUCCACGGUUUGGAUCGGUUCGAGAAUGAAGCCCAGAUCACAGAUGUCUGAGGAGACCCAAGAACCGGAAAAUCUGUCGCUGACGGUGGCCAAGCAAGAAGAGAAGAAUAUCGAAUUGCCGGUGGUUGAAGAGGAAGAAGACGACUCAGACGUGGAGUUACCACCGGAGGAUUGCGAUGUCUUCAAUGGAGACUGGGUCUAUGACAACGUCACCCACCCACUCUACAAAGAAGAUGAAUGCGAGUUCCUUACAGAACAAGUCACCUGCAUGAGAAAUGGCAGACAGGAUUCCACCUACCAGAACUGGAGAUGGCAGCCCAGACAAUGCUCUAUGCCCAAGUUCAAACCAAGAUUACUGCUUCAGAAACUCAGAGGCAAGAGGCUCAUGUUUGUUGGAGACUCACUGAAUCGAAACCAGUGGGAAUCCAUGAUUUGUCUGGUUCAAUCCGUCGCGCCUCCUGGCCGGAAAAGCCUGACGAAGAAUGGGUCUCUCUCAAUCUUCAGAAUUGAUGACUACAAUGCUACGGUGGAGUUCUACUGGGCUCCAUUCCUUGUGGAGUCAAAUUCAGACGAUCCAACGAUGCACAGCAUUUUGAACCGCAUCAUCAUGCCCGAAUCAAUCGACAAACAUGGACAGAACUGGAAGGGAGUUGACUACCUGAUCUUCAAUACCUACAUAUGGUGGAUGAACACUUUCAAGAUGAAAAUACUACGAGGAUCCUUCGAUCAAGGGUCCACGGAGUACGACGAGAUCGAACGGCCGAUAGCGUACGGGAGAGUUCUGAGAACGUGGGCCCAGUGGGUCGACCAAAAUGUGGAUCCUAACCGCACAUCUGUCUUCUUCAGCAGCAUGUCUCCUCUCCAUAUCAAGAGUUUGGAUUGGGACAACCCGGAUGGCAUUAAAUGCGCGAAAGAGACGUACCCGAUUUUCAACCUCACGACCCGACUAGAUGUCGGUACCGAUCGGCGAGUCUUCGCCGUCGCUGUGAACGUGACUCAGUCGAUGAAGGUGCCGGUAUAUUUCGUUAAUAUUACGAGCUUAUCGGAGCUUCGGAAGGACGCCCACACCUCCGUUCACACCAUCCGGCAGGGUAAGUUACUGACGCCGGAGCAACAGGCCGACCCGAUGAACUUCGCCGAUUGCAUCCACUGGUGCCUUCCCGGGUUACCCGACAUGUGGAACGAGUUCCUUUAUUCACGUAUUAUCUCUCACUCUUGACAAUGGCGGACUCUCAAUUUUUUUUUUCCAUUUUUCUAAUUAAUUUCUGUAAGUUUUUUUUCUUAAUGUGGGGACCAUGGGGUUGAACCAAUUUUUAUUUUUUUUUCCUUUGAAUUUUGGGGUUCAGCCUAUUAAAGGGGGGAAAUUUUGGCAAAGCCUGAAAAUGAAGCUCGGGAAUGGGAAUGGGAAUGGGAAUGGGAAUGGGUAAAUGUGAAGAAAUUGUAAAAUGAAUUUGUUGAGAAGGAAAUAAAGUGAAUAGAAAGUUGUACGUAAUUUUGCAAAUUA